AAAAUGGAAUGACAAUUUCAUUUUAUUUAGUUUGAAAAUAUGUUUCGUUUGCUACUCUGUGAGUUGUUACUUUUGCUGGCUUUGGCCUCAACUCUAGAUGAACGAGAAUACGAUGUUAAAGUGGCUCCCAUUAGCACCAGCAAAGUUAAACGACCUCUUUACUCUUGGCCUCGUUUGUUGGCCCAAUUGCGUAGAGCCUUUAGUACAGAAACCACUUCAACUUCCACUCCUUUACCCAGACUAAGAACAACUUCAACGCCAGCUCCCACAUUAGAGUUCUAUGGAGCUCUAAAUCCCAUAUAUCAAACAGGACAAUUUUAAUAUAAUAAACUAAUUAAAAUUAACAUUUAUUUGUACUAAGUGUAGAAAAGAGAUAAGAAAUGAUGUUGGUAUUUAGAAUUUGUUGAAAAGUCCUUUGAAACUGCCAAGACCGCCACCAAAGCCAUGUCCUAGGCCACCGAAACCGCCGCCAAAACCAUGUCCCAAGCCGCCAAAGCCUCCCUUCAGACCGCCCAGACCGCCGCCAAGUCCUCCAAAUUUGCCACCAAAAUCAAAGCCUCCUAGUCCACGUGUGACGCGUUGAAGAUCAGCUUCUGCCACCUGCUCGUUAUCUGCCGUAUGAGGUUCAUCCAAUUCCAGAUCCAAAAGAUUUAUUUGCUCUACCGGCAAUGCUUGACUGGGCAAGAUCAUCACCGUCAAGAUCAGGAUGCACAAUGUAUAAAAGAAUUUCAUUUUCUUUGGUGAUUUGGUUUGUAAAUUUUUGGUUACUCUUGGUUGUUGGUCAGACAAAUUUGAUGCCAUUAGCCCUGGUAACUAACGUUUUUAUAGUCAUUUUUGGGUUGCCUUCUUCUCUCUCUCUAGCUAUGGGCUCGUGCGUCCAACUGUUAAUUGUUAGAGUCAAUAAAAUAUGUGACUUCUUCUUUUCUUUUGCAACAUUUACUUUCAUUCAUCUGUCCGAUUUUUGUUAGAUUUUUGGGUUGGGUCUCGCCAUGAUCUUCCCUCAUAUUGACACAGACGCAAAGUCAUAGCCAUGCCUGGUGCCUCGCCGGUUACAUCAUAUUUACAUAUUUAUUUAGUAUUUACCAAGUUGUUACCAUAUUUUUGGUCAUGAAAUGGCAAAUGACCUUAAAGUGCGUGUAUGUAUGAUCAGUUGAAACCAGUUUUUGGAUUAUUAGCUCCUGUGCUAAACAAAACGUGACAGGAUUUGAUGACGUUAAUGCCACAAAACUUAAGUUUAAAAAUAAUAACAUCUGU